AUGGCGGCUCUUGCAAAGACGCAGACGCGCUCUCACGCGGGCCACUCGCACCACCACCACCAUCAUGAUAAUACGUACCUCGUCUCGAAGAACAAGAAAGAUGCCGGCGUUCGGAUAACGCGCAUUGGUCUGUACUCCAAUCUUGGAAUGGCGGUUGUGAAGGGGGUAGGAGGAUAUGUUUUCAAUUCCCAAUCUAUGAUUGCGGAUGCAUGGCAUAGCUUGACGGAUUUGGCCAGUGAUGUUCUUACGCUGGCCACGGUAUCAUGGAGCUUGAAACCUCCGACGGCAAUGUUCCCUACUGGAUUUGGGAAGGUUGAGAGUUUGGGUUCCCUCGGCGUCAGCGGCAUGUUAUUAUUUGGAGGGUGCUUCAUGUGCUUGAAUAGCUGUGAGAUCCUCUAUGCGCAUUUCUUCCUCGACGCCCAUGCAGCUGCGGAGGCUGCUCUUCAUGCACACGGCCACAGCCAUAGUCACGCUGCAAUGGGACCCAGUAUCCAUGCUGCAUGGAUUGCUGCAGGAACGGUCAUCAUCAAGGAAUGGUUAUAUCAAGCAACAAUGAAAGUAGCGAAAGAAAGAAAAUCCUCCGUUCUAGCUUCGAAUGCGAUCCACCACCGAGUCGACUCGCUCACCGGCAUUGUAACUCUCUUUGCAAUUCUAGGAGCAAACUUUCUCCAUGAUGCUGCUUGGUUGGACCCGGUUGGAGGGUUUCUGAUAUCGCUCAUGGUCAUCAAAGGAGGUUGGGGCAACACCGUCUCGGCAUUGUACGAAUUGGCAGACAAGGGAAUUGACGAGGAAACCAAAGCCUCGAUCACGAAAGCCGCAAAUAAAGGUCUGGCUAAUUUAGGUCAAGGAUCAGAUAUAGAGCUGCGUGAAGUUGAGGGCGUCAAGUCAGGGCAGAACUAUCUUGUAGAUCUCCAGCUUGCUGUACCCAGCUCUUGGUCGGUGGAGGAAGUUGGAAAGGUGGAGGAGAGUAUAAGAGAAACUGUGGGCUCAAAGGUCCGAGGUGUUCGCCGGGUCAAGAUCCGGUUUGUGCCCAAGGGCGACCCCUCGACAUCGCUGUUUGAUGAGUUCAUCAGCGGUGAUGUGAGCCCACGAUCCAGUCCCGAGCCAGAGGACCAUGAUGAGAACCAUGAUCAUGACAACAAGAAAAUCCAAUGA